AUGAUCUACAAAGAGAUACCGUUGCAAAUAAUUGAGCCGGACGAGGAAAAGCAAGAAGAUUUGGCCUUACAUUCUACCAUAUCCCCUGCAGAUAAGUUGGGCAUUGUGACUGAUCAUUUUGGCAAAGGUGUCCAAGAAAUUGACACUGAGACAAAGAUCGCAAGCGGCAUGUCAGUGGACACCGAGACAAAACUCGCGAGCGGCAAGUCUGUGGACACCGAGACAAAGAUCGCAAGCGGCAAGUCUGUGGACACCGAGACAAAGAUCGCGAUCGGCAAGUCUGUGGACACCGAGACAAAGAUCGCGAGCGGAAAGUCUGUGGACACCGAGACAAAGAUCGCGAGGGGCAAGUCUGUGGACACCGAGACAAAGAUCGCGCGCGGAAAGUCUGUGGACAACGAGAAAAAAUUCGCGAGCGGCAAGUCUGUGAUCACCAAGACAAAGAUCGCGAGCGGCAAGUCUGUGGACACCGAUACAAAGAUCGCGAGCGGAAAGUCUGUGGACACCGAGACAAAGAUCGCGAGCGGCAAGUAUGUGGACACCGAGGAAAAGAUCGCAAGCGGCAUGUCUGUACCAACCUCGCAUAGACCUAGAGAAGCGCAAACUGCUCGCAUAUUGGAGAACGUAACUGUAGCAUGUUCAGCCGUGACAACUAAAGCUACAACCCAUAACACUCAAGGUUUCCAAGAUACUGACACCGAGACAAAGAUCGCGAGCGGCAAGUCUGUGGACACCGAGACAAAGAUCGCGAGCGGCAAGUCUGUGGACACAGGGACAAAGAUCGGGGGCGGAAAGUCUGUGGACAUCGAGACAAAGAUUGGGAGCGGCAAGUCUGUGGACACCGAGACUAAGAUCACUAGCGGCAAGUCUGUGGACACCGAGACAAAGAUCGGGAGCGUCAAGUCUGUGAACACAGAGACAAAGAUCGGGAGCGGCUUGUCUGUUGACACCAAGACACAGAUCGGAAGCGGCAAGUCUAUUGACAACGAGACAACGAUCGCGAGCGGAAGGUCUGUUGACACCGAGACAAAGAUCGCGAGCGGCAGGUCUGUGGACACCAAGACUAAGAUCGCGAUCGUCACGUCUAUGCCAACCUCAAUUAGACUUUUAGAAGCGCAAACUCCACAGAUUGGUAAAGUUUCAGCGGGCCCGACCGAUAAAACCAACGUGAAAUCGCAAACUUCCAAAUCGGACUCUAUUGAACCACCCCAAACGGAUACGACGGCUGCAUCCAAGAGACCUUCAAAAUCGCAAACACGAAAUUAUACACCCCAGGAUCGGUGUAAGCAGGCCUACGCAAGUUUAAAGAAAAAUAAAGGCUUUACUUUCGAUGAAGGCUUUAUGCUUGACCAACUACAAGUGAAGGGCGUUAUGGAACUGACAGACUGUGAAACAAUUCAUUCGAUAGAUAUUCCUGGGUUUAAGAUGUACGGGAUUCCUGGAGAGAAAACAGCGGAUCUUUACCUACUGAUAAGUCAUCUGCUGUGUGGAAACGACAAUUUGAAGGGCACUCUUCAAUUGGCAGCUGCACGAUAUGGAAUACAGCAUUUUGAUACAUAUCUUAAAGCGCUGUUAAAAGAAUUUAAUCUGUCCAUAACUCCAUUGAUUGAGGCCCGUAUAUUCUUCGAAUUGCACGGCAUAUAUUUCAACGAUUUCACCUUAACUGAGGAAAGUGUAUCUAUAGCGCUUGACAAUUUAUUUCAUCAACUUGCAGUUACUGGAAUUACAGGCCCAUUUCACGCGACAUUACUUAGUGACAUUUUGGAUUGUAACCUUGUACAACACUUCGAGAACAAUUAUUACCAUGAUCGAAACGUACGGACAACAGCGGGCUUCGAAAUGGCUUUGGAAUCCAGCCCGUCACGUACACGAGAACUGCAUAUAGUUUGGAUGAAGUCAGCUAACUAUCCACAUAGAUAUUGUGUUAAACUUGCGUUUAAAAGUGAUGACACAAACAUUGAAAAGAAAACUCAUAUUACCAAAAUACAAAAUCAAGGCAUGGUCAAGACUCUGUUAGAAAACAUCAAAGAACAGGAACCUUACAAGUGGAGAAGCUGCUUUGAAGAACUGGACCAAUCUCAAAAAGCUAUGUUUGACAACCUAAAACGAAUGGAGUUUAUAAAACCGGGUCAAAUCAUUAGGACGAUCAAUGUCCCUGGAUAUCAGGCAUGUACAAAGCCCGGAGAAGAAAACACAUCCGUGUACGAAUGGUUAAGCCUCAUGUUAUGCGGAAACCAAGCUCUCAUGUACGUCUUAAGACUAGAAGCAGCACGAUAUGCGAUGAAGAACUUUGAAACAUAUGUAGAUAAGCUGAACAACGAAUUCAAUGGCGAUGACAAUCCUUUUGAUGCGGCUAAAGUCUUUUUUAAAUUACAUGAAAUUGGUUUUGAAAAGAAGAAAAACUGGCAAAGUAACGAUAGAGGUUGUGUGUCCGUUGCAUUUCGCGAAUUAUUGAACGAAACAGUGAACGCGGACAAAGGAAAUGCGCCUUUUCACGUAGAAUUUUUGAGUGGCGUAUUAAACCGUAAAAUCAUUCAACACUUUGAGGAUAAUAAGUUUUACGGCCGAGUUGUAGAAUCAAUUCGCGGUCUUGACGUUUCAUUAACGACAGAAUUAUUCAGUGGUCGAGAACUGCACAUGUACUGGAUGGAGUCUUCAUUAAAGAAGGAGGAUCAAUACACCUAUCAGAUAGUCCCUUUGUUUCAAUGUAAUCCGAAAAGCAACGGAAAGAAUUUGUGUGAAUUAUUGAUGGGACAGGUGACCUAUGAGUCCAAUAGCUGUUUACAAAUGAUAGAUGCACACGGGAUAGAUGUAUUUGAGAAGCUGAAAGAACAUGCCAUUUUAAAACCUACAACGGAUGCCAAGCGGAUCAUAAAUACCAUAAAAAUCCCUGGGUUCAUUGCGUAUGAAAGGCCCGACGGGGAAACCACGUGUCUUUACGAACAUACUAGUCGUCUACUGUUUGGGAAUACAGAGAAGAAAUUUAUACUGCGGUUGGCUGCAAUAAGAUACGCUCUACAAAAUUGUUUAAAAUAUGUUCAACAGCUGGCAGAUGCGUUUGUAAACUCCAAAUCCAAGACUGAUGCCGCAACUACAUUUUUUCGAAUACAUUGUAUCGAUUUUAAAAGGACGAAGAACUCGCCAUUAAUAAAAGAUGUUGGAUUGGCGUUUGUUGAUCUUUUGCGAGAAACUGUCAACACAGGACAAGGUCCGUUUUAUGUGGAGUUUUUACGUGGUGCAUUAAAUUGCAAAAUAACGCAACACUUUGAGAACGAUUGCUUUUACGAGUGGGACGUUUGCACGGUAUCCGGCCUCAAUGUUUCCUUGGUAACCAACACACCGCCUGAAAGAGAGCUGCAUAUCUACUGGAUGAAGACUAGCCGGGGUCGAUCAUACACGUAUCAACCAAUUUAUCUUGUAACACACGUGGACGCAGUGCGAUCUUGAUUAAUUGAGUGGUACAACAUACUCAUCAAAAGAAAUGCAACUGCGUUAACUUGCCCGGAGAGUUUUGUUACAAUUCUUGCGCUUGUUAAAGUAUGCUUUAUUCUGAUAUUGGUACGCUUUAUUGCGAUAAGAGUGGUAUAUUAUUGUAAUUUCUGUAUUGCGAUAUACAAAUGUAUUACAGUAAGUAUGUGCUUCUUUACUAAUAGUCUGAUUAAUACGAGCGCAUUUAGCUUUGCUUUUUAAUACACAUGCUAUUUGUGAUUGUUUGGUUUGCCUUUGGUUGAAUGACUGUUACCUUACUUUAAAUACUCACACAUGCAUAUAAUUAUAUGCGGUCCCAUUAUGUUUAGAAUUAUGUUAAAUGCCAUUCAUAGUGGGUUUUUUUACUAUGCAUGUUUGUUUGCCUUUUGAUUUGCUUUUUUUUCUAAAUAAAUUAAGUAUGCUUAAUUAUAUAUCGUCAAUAUUUUUUUUGGCGGGAUAAUUGAGCAGUGAUGUUUUGUUGAUCACAGCUCCUGGUUAAAUUGCUCCUAAAUAUAGGAAAUAGUGACACAAAUAGUGAUUGUUGGUACUAGACGAUAUGUAAAUGUGUCUUUAAUACAUGGAAUAGAUUAUUAUCUUCACGAAGUGGACGUAAAUAAUGAUAUUUAGUGAAAUUGUGUUUUUUCUGGGCGGAGAAAAAUGGACUUUUUUGUUCAUUUAGAGGGUCCCUGGUUAUAUUGGGCCAAUACAAAAUAACAAUAAGAUUAAAAUCUCCUCGUGAUUGGAUUAAACAUCUGCAAUACAGUGAUAACAUAUCAAUACCCCAUUAUGAGUGAUAACGGUAAAUCUGAGCAACCCAAAUUAAAAUAUAAAGGACAAAAGCCUCAGACUUAACCAGCUAACAAGAAGCAACGUGCUGAUUCCAGUUACAGUACAAAUACCAGCACGGAUGAACUGUUCAAUAUCAACACACAGUUAGAAGCUAUGACUGAGGGGCUUAGGGAAUUGAGGAAAGAUCUCAAGAGUAUGUUAAAGCGAGAAGAAAUAGAAGAUCUAAUACAGAAAACAAUAUCAGCGAUAAUGAGUAAAAGAGAAGAAACAGUGUCAAAAAAAAUUGAAACCGAAGUUGCUAAAAGAACUCAAACAUUACAUGAAAAACUAACAGGCUUAGAAUUUGAAAAUGAACAGUUGAAGCAAACAAUUUGUGAUCUAAAGAACAAUAACACAAAGGCAAUUAAUGAGCUAGAAAUACUUAUUGAGAAAAAUUAUAAAACAAGCAGAGAAGCUCUUAAACUGGCAAACAAUAACGAACAAUACUCGCGAAAGAACAACGUAAAAAUGAUAAACAUUGAAAAAACAUCCCAUGAAUCAGAAGCCAGUCUUAUUCAAAAAGUUUCAAAUAUCAUGAAGACAACAGCAGACGUCGACUUAAAGCCAGAUGACAUAAUUGCCAUACAUCGACUUCCAUCCAAGAAGGGGACCAUUAGACCGAUUAUCAUCAAAUUGAGAAACAACAAUGCGAAGUCAGCAAUAAUAAAGAAACGUAAUCCGAAAAUAAAAGGAUACAUGCUUUUGGAUGAUGUGACCAAGCGUAAUCAGGGACUUAUAAGCAGGCUACUUCUACACCCCGAUAUAAAAAACGCCUGGUUCUAUAAUGGUGCAGUCUUCGGGCAAACCAUCCCCGAGUAAAGGGUCAAAUUCGACAUAUUUGACAAUAUAAACGGCACAAUCCGUGAUGCCCGGAACCGACGGAGUAAGUUUCAGACGGGAGAGAGUGUUUAGACGGUGACAAGGAAUAUCCUACAAACUGUGAAUUUUGUACUUGUGUAUACCUUUUAAUCGGUAUGUACUUAUCGUUUUAGCCCACUGUGUACUAUAGUGACUAUCACAAUGAUAAUAAAAAGUUGUUUAUUCUUAACGUGUAAUAAUCUUUGUUCGCCUUUCUAUUGUAUAGAUGUAACGAACUCGACUGUUGUAAUACUAUAUAAUUUGUAACGUAUUUUACCAUUUAUAAAAUGGUUCACUGUACCACAAUCUAUUGCCUAUAUAUUUUUUGCAAUGUAAAACAUGAAAAAUACACAAAAAAGUUCAUUAAAUGGUUCGCGGCGUUUUUUUUUUGCACAAUUCUAGUGCUUUUUAAAUACAGUAUGAAUUUUAAAUGUUAAUCCCCAUUGCUGUAAACUAAUGGAUAUAUUCUCUUGUAUAAACAUACUGUUAACUUCCUAAAGUUUAUCGUGGUUCCCGUGAAUAACUGUAUUCAUAGUAGUAACAGUAAAUCUAGGUCAUUCUUAAAGGUGUGCUACUAAAUCUGCUUCUACCAUCAAUAGUACCAACACUUUCAUAACUUUAAAAUAUCUAA